CCCCGGAGCGGGAGCCACAGGCGCAGGGAGGCCGAGCGCGGACCUGCCAGCAGGCUCCAGAAUGGCAGAAGACGACCCAUAUUUGGGAGGGCAUGACCAAAUGUUUCAUCUGGAUCCUCUGAAUCAUACAAUGUUUAGUCCAGAAUUAUUUCAACAGGAGAUGCCACUGCCAGCAGAUGGCCCAUACCUUCAAAUAUUAGAGCAACCUAAACAGAGAGGAUUUCGUUUCCGUUAUGUGUGUGAAGGCCCCUCCCACGGAGGACUCCCCGGUGCGUCUAGUGAAAAGAACAAGAAGUCCUACCCUCAGGUCAAAAUCUGCAACUAUGUGGGACCUGCAAAGGUUAUUGUUCAGUUGGUCACAAAUGGAAAAAACAUCCACCUGCAUGCACACAGCCUGGUGGGAAAACAUUGUGAGGACGGCAUCUGCACUGUGACAGCUGGACCCAAGGACAUGGUGGUCGGCUUUGCAAACCUGGGUAUACUUCAUGUGACAAAGAAAAAAGUGUUUGAAACACUGGAAGCACGAAUGACAGAUGCCUGUAUAAGGGGCUACAAUCCCGGGCUUUUGGUGCAUCCUGAUCUUGCCUAUCUGCAGGCAGAAGGCGGAGGAGAUCGGCAGCUCACAGAUCGGGAAAAAGAAAUCAUCCGGCAGGCAGCUCUUCAGCAGACAAAGGAGAUGGACCUCAGCGUGGUACGGCUCAUGUUUACAGCUUUCCUUCCAGACAGUACCGGCAGCUUCACGAGGCGUCUGGAACCCGUGGUGUCGGACGCCAUCUAUGACAGCAAAGCCCCCAAUGCGUCUAACUUGAAAAUAGUAAGAAUGGACAGGACAGCUGGAUGUGUAACUGGAGGGGAAGAGAUUUAUCUUCUCUGUGACAAGGUUCAGAAAGAUGACAUCCAGAUUCGAUUUUACGAAGAGGAGGAAAACGGUGGAAUUUGGGAAGGAUUUGGAGAUUUUUCCCCCACGGAUGUUCACAGACAAUUUGCCAUUGUCUUCAAAACUCCAAAGUAUAAAGAUGUCAACAUUACAAAACCAGCCUCUGUGUUCGUCCAGCUUCGGAGGAAAUCUGAUUUGGAAACUAGCGAACCAAAACCUUUCCUCUACUAUCCUGAAAUCAAAGAUAAAGAGGAAGUGCAGAGGAAACGACAGAAGCUGAUGCCCAAUUUCUCGGACAGUUUUGGCGGUGGUAGCGGCGCUGGAGCUGGAGGCGGGGGCAUGUUUGGCAGCGGUGGUGGAGGUGGGGGCGCUGGGAGUGCCGGCCCAGGGUAUGGCUUCCCCCACUAUGGAUUCCCCACGUAUGGUGGAAUUACCUUCCAUCCUGGAACCACUAAAUCUAACGCUGGGAUGAAGCAUGGAACCAUAGACACCCCAUCUAAAAAUGACCCUGAAAGUUGUGGCAAGAGUGAUGACAGAGAGGUUGUAAAUCUCUCCGAGCAAGUAACAGAAACCACAGAACAAGAUGGAGAGUCCUGCAAGGGGGGCACUGAGGCUAACCUGACGUGCUCGGUAGGAGUAAGAGAAGAGAACUGCAGCUUCCAGGAUAACCUCUUUCUGGAGAAGGCCAUGCAGCUGGCCAAGCAGCACGCCAACGCCCUCUUUGACUACGCAGUGACAGGAGACGUGAAGAUGCUGCUGGCGGUCCAGCGCCAUCUCACUGCCGUGCAGGAUGAGAACGGGGACAGUGUCUUACACUUGGCAAUCAUCCACCUUCAUAAUCAGCUUGUGAGAGAUCUGCUGGAAGUCACAUCUGGCUUGAUUUCUGAUGAAAUUAUCAACAUGAGAAAUGAUCUCUACCAGACCCCCCUGCACCUGGCAGUAAUCACCAGACAGGAAGCUGUGGUGGAGGACUUGCUGCGGGCUGGUGCUGACCUGAGCCUUCUGGACCGCUUGGGUAACUCUGUUUUGCACCUCGCUGCCAAAGAAGGACAUGAUAAAAUUCUCGGUAUUUUACUCAAGCACAAAAAGGCAGCACAGCUUAUUGACCACCCCAACGGGGAAGGUCUGAAUGCCAUCCAUGUAGCCAUGAUGAGCAACAGCUUGCCGUGUCUGCUGUUGCUGAUGGCUGCGGGGGCCGAUGUCAACGCCCAGGAGCGGAAGUCAGGGCGCACGGCGCUGCACCUGGCCGUGGAGCAUGACAACAUCUCCUUGGCUGGCUGCCUGCUCCUGGAGGGUGAUGCCCACGUGGACAGCACCACUUAUGAUGGAACUACACCCCUGCACAUAGCUGCCGGGAGAGGGUCCACCAGGCUGGCGGCUCUUCUCAAAGCAGCAGGAGCAGAUCCCCUGGUGGAGAACUUCGAGCCUCUGUACGAGCUGGAUGACUCCUGGGAUGAGGAUGGAGAGGACGAAGGGGUUGUACCGGGAACCACUCCUCUGGACAUGGCCACCAGCUGGCAGGUAUUUGACAUAUUAAAUGGGAAACCCUAUGAGCCAGAGUUUACAUCUGAUGAUUUGCUGGCACAAGGAGACAUGAAACAGCUGACUGAAGAUGCAAAGCUGCAGCUCUACAAGUUGCUAGAAAUUCCUGAUCCAGACAAAAACUGGGCUACUCUGGCACAGAAAUUAGGUCUGGGGAUACUGAACAACGCCUUCCGGCUGAGUCCUGCUCCUUCCAAAACCCUCAUGGACAACUACGAGGUCUCCGGGGGCACCAUAAAGGAGCUGGUGGAGGCCCUGAGACAGAUGGGCUACACCGAGGCCAUUGACGUGAUCCAGGCAGCCUUCUGCACCACAGACACCAGCUCGGCCAAGACCGCCUCCCAAGCCCACUCGCUGCCGUUCUCCCCCGCCUCCAAAAGGCCACAGAUAGACGAGCCCCGGGACGACAGCAUCUGUGACAGCGGUGUAGAGACCUCCUUCCGCAAACUCAGCUUCACGGAGUCUCUGACCAGCAGCACCUCCUUGCUAACUCUUAACAAAGUGCCCCAUGACUACGGGCAGGAAGGACCUAUAGAAGGCAAAAUUUAGCCCGCUGGCAGUUUCCAAUACCGAGGACACCAAAGCUCGGAAACUCCACCGUGUCGCCCAGAGGAAGGAGCUGCACUCGAGGGUGCUCCGAGGAACACAGGCCGGCCUGGCUCACUCUGGGUGUAGUUCCAGGCCUUUUAAACGUGGAUUUCUUCUUUGGUUCUGAAAUGAAUUUUAGUUGACGAUAGCAUCCACAGGCACAGCCUGCGGCUGGGCUGGUGCCCCGCUGGGAGCGCGGUAGCUUGUUGAGCUUUACCAGCUGCUUUCUGUCGGCAUUGCUGCUGCCCCUCUGCUGCUUGCCCGCUCUCAUUACAAGCUGUCACACCCCCACCUGGCCCUCCUGCUGGCUGUCCACAGCACAGGUGUGCACUCAGAUCAAGGAUUAUGGAAAGGGAUGUUUUAAAAUGAGACUGACUUUGAAAAUCAUACAAAGACUCAUUUCCCUGAGUCUUUUGAGAACUUCCCUGGGGGGCCCAGUGGUUAGUACCUGGAGCUUCCACUGCAGGGGGCACGGAUUCCAUCCCUUCUUGGGGAACUAUUGAUAAGAUUCUACAAGCCAGGUGGCAAGAAAAAGGAAAAAAAAAAGCUCAAUGCUUUUUCUAAUGUGAUUUGAGAAAGGAACAUGUACAUGUCAAUAUUUAAACAUGAUUACAAUCAAUGCUGAAAAUGGUAUUUCCUCCCUUUUCUGCAUUUUGCCAUUGUAAAUAUGUUUUUUUAGAUCAAAUACUUUUAAAGGAAAAAAAUGUUGGAUUUAUAAAUGCUAUUUUUUAUUCUACUUUUAUAAUAAAAGGAAAAGCAAAUUAAUGACCUCAUCUUGUUUGAUCCCUAUAAAUACUUUUCUAAGAUUAUUCUUUAUAAUCACAGGAUCACUCCACAGCCUGGUUUGCAGAUUCACAGCUCGCUGUAGAAUCAAGUUUUUGAUCCAGAAAUGAACAACAACAACAGAAAUUAUCAGAAGUGUUUCAACUGGAGAUGAAAGCUUUCAGUCUGUCAAAUCCUUGCUAGGCUCGUUUUAUGUAGGCCAUAUCACCUCAUCUUCCUCCACCUCAUGUGCUGUUCUUCAGGCCUCUGUGUGUUCCCCAUGCCUCCUGCGAUGAAGCACUGAGACAUCAGCACAACAGAGGCUCUGCGACAGGAAGCCUUCCAGCAGGAAUUUACCUUGUACCUUCUGGCUCUCAGAUCUGCUGGACGACCUGCUGCAGCUUCUGUGGCCCUUGCUGUCUCACCGUGCACUUUUAUGCCAUGGAGACGCGUCUCUUCUUCAGCCUCGUGAACCAGCCUCUGCUGGCUUCAGACUUCUCUUCUGCAGCCUGCCACACCUCCCUCGUCUUCAUAGAAUUGAAGAGAGUCAGGGCCUCGCUCUGGAGCAGACUCUGGCUGAAGGGAAUGUUGUAGCUGUUUGCACGUCUGUCCAGACCACUACAACUUUCUCCACAUCCUUAAUAACGUUCUUUUCACUCUCUUAUCAUUUGGGUGUUCGCUGGAGUAGCACUUUUCAUUUUCCUUCAAGACCCUUCCCUUUGCAUUCACAAUUUGGCUAGCUGGUGCGAAAGGCCUACCUUUCGGACUACCUUGGCUUUUGAUGUGCCUACCUAAGUUUGAUCAUUUCUAGCUUUUGAUUUAAAGGGAGAGGCGUAACUUUUCACUUAAACACUUACAGGCCACUAAAGGGUUCUUAAUGGGGCUGAUUUCAAUAUUGUUGUGUCCCAGGGAAUAGAGAGGCCCUAGAAGGGGGAGAGAGACAGGGAAUGGCCAUUCGGCGGAGCAGUCAGCACACACACACCAUUUAUCAAAGUUGACCAACUUGUAUGGCUCGCAUGCAGAGCAGGAGGCCCAGGUUUGAUCCCUGGGUGGGGAAGAUCCCCUGGAGAAGGGAAUGGCAACCCACUCCAGUAUUCUUACCAUUGGCUAUAGUGCAUGGGGUCACAAAGAGUCAGACACAACUGAGCGACUAACCAGCACCACCACCACCAACCUGUAAGGACGUGGUUUGUGACACUUCAAUUACAGCAGUAACAUCAAAGCAUUGAUCACAGAUUACCAUACCAAAUAUAAUAAUAAUGAAAAAGUUCACAGUAUUUCAAGAAUGACCAAACUGUGACAGAGACAUGAAGUGAACAAAUACUGUUGUAAAAAUGGCACUUGAUAGACUUGCUCAACACACGGCUGCCACAAGCCUUCAGUUUGUUUAAAAAAAAAAAAA